AUGAAACCAGAGAUCAACGCUGCCGUGGGAUUUCUGUCCAGAUUCCUGCGGGUGAAAGGACAUGUAAAUGACCGACAGGUCCAAACAUUCAACCAAAGCCUGCAGGACAUUUUAUCAGAACAAUACAAGCACCACUGGUUUCCAGACCGGCCAUGCAAGGGUUCAGGAUACCGCUGCAUUCGUAUCAACCACAAGAUGGACCCCCUGGUGGGGCAAGCAGGCCAGCGCAUCGGCCUGACCAUCCAGCAGCUGUACCUGCUGCUGCCCAGUGAGCUCACGCUCUGGGUGGAUCCCUUUGAGGUCUCUUAUCGCAUCGGUGAGGAUGGAUCCAUUUGUGUCCUGUAUGAGUCUACGCCCACACCCGUUGGACUGGCCCCCUCCGCCAUCAGCUCGACUUCAGGGAGCCCCAUGGUGGACAGUCACAUCAGCUGCAAAGAUGAACUGAUGGGGAUGGGUAGAACCAGUCCCUCCAAAGCCUACAAUAUGAUGACCGUGUCAAGUUAA